AUGAGAGGCGUUGCUUGGAACUGUAGAGGGUUAAGGCAGACCUCUACAGUUCGUGAGUUGAAGUCCCUGAUUCGGUCGCACUCCCCAGACUUUAUUUUUCUGACCGAGCUCAAAGUUAAUACUACUUCUUUGGUACGUACACUUAACUCCCUUCACUUUUACUUUAAUAUCCUUGUGCCGGCUGUUGGGAGUGUAGGGGGUAUUAUUCUGUCUUGGAAGGUCGAUUUUGUGUUUGAAUGUGUUGCUUGUUCUAAAAAUCAUAUUUCGGGGCUCGUCUACUCGGAUCCCCCGACCCACCCUUGGUUAUUGUCUUGUGUGUAUGGUCCACCCUAUUCUAAUGCUCAGAAGGCUUUCUGGGAGGAGUUCAUGAAUUUAGGGGAUAGGUUUGGUGGGUCGUGGCUUAUACUGGGUGAUACUAAUUUUGUGCUAAGUGAAUCGGAAAGAGCUGACUCUAAGGGCAGGGAUCCCUUCAUCCCGUUUAUCUCUAAUUUGGUAAAUUCUAGGGGGCUUAUCAACAUGCCUAUUUAUGGUGAUAAGCUCACCUGGGAUAAUCACUGGUCUGGGCAGAAUCAUGUCAAAUUUGCGCUUGACAAAGGAUUAACCUCUUUUAUCCUCUCUAGCGGUCAGGAAGAAAAAUUUAAAAGAAGUUUUAAGUUUGAAGCAGGUUGGACUAGGGAUGAAAGAAGCAAGUUGGUGGUUGACUAUGCCUGGAAGUCGGUUAUUCACUCUUGGGCCCCCGCUAGGAUUUUCAAGAAGAUGGGGGCUACUCGGGUCGCUCUUUUGCAUUGGAAUAGAUCUCAAUUUGGUAAAGUUGACAUUUUAAUUAAGGAGUUGGAAAAGAAGCUUGAUCGAAUCCAGCGGCUCCCGGCGGGUAUGAGGGUUUGGGACACCGAAUGUGCUAUUCGUCGGUCUCUCAAUGAGGCUUGGGAGCGAAAUGAGUUAUACUGGAAACAGAGGGCCAAGGUUUCUUGGCUCAAGGAAGGGGAUAAAUGCUCGAAGUUUUUCUUCCUUUCUGCGGCUAUCAAAGGGAGACAGAAUGCUAUUGACAGUAUCUUGAAUAAAGAUGACAUUUGGAUUUCUAGACGGGAUCUAAUCGGUAAUGAAUUUAUUGACUUCUUCAAGGGAAUUUUCUCGGGUACAAGCGUCGGUAAUGAUUUCAACAGCAACUACCUGAUUAAAGAUAGGAUCUCUAUUGCUGACCAAGCUGACCUGGUUCAUUCUCCUACUCAUGAGGAAAUCUGUAGUACUCUGUUUUCCAUGAGUAACAAUAAGGCUCCGAGACCAGAUGGGAUGUCCGUUCUUUUCUUCAAGCACUAUUGGGAAACUGUGGGUAUGGACUUUUGCGAUGCAGUGUCUGAUUUUUUUCGGACAGGAAGAAUGCAUAAGGGUGUCAAUGCUAUGAAUAUUGUGCUUAUCCCCAAGGUUCAGAAUCCGAAAAGAACCAACCAUUACAGGCAUAUCUCCCUGUGUAACGUUAUGUAUAAGGUCAUCUCUAAAAUCAUUGCCAAUAGAGUUAAGCCCCUUCUUCCUUCCCUUAUCUGUCCUACCCAAGCAGCUUUUGUCCCAGGAAGGAACAUUCAGGGCAAUAAUGUGAUUAUCCAAGAAAUCAUCCACUCCUUCAACAGGAAAAAAGGAAAAGAAGGUUUCUUUGCCAUAAAAAUUGACCUUAUGAAAGCGUAUGACAAGUUGAGUUGGAACUUUAUUGACCUGAUGCUUGCUGGUUUUGGAGCGCCCCAAAAAUUUAGAGGUCGGAUCUCCCAAUGUAUCACUACCAACUCGCUCAACAUUUUCAUUAAUGGAGGGCAGUUUGGUAAAAUUAUACCCUCAUGUGGCCUUCGCCAAGGUGACCCUUUAUCCCCUUACCUCUUUAUUUGUGCAGCAAAAAUUCUGUCCAGACUUUUGAUUGAUGCCUUAGAUAAUGGCUCUAUUAAGGGCAUUAAGCUCAGUAGAGGGGGCCUGGGCAUAAAACCCAACACGAACAUGGAGGAAGUAAAAGGUUACUGGCAUUGUCUUGAGAGGUUUUGCGCUUGGUCUGGUCAGCAAGUCAAUAAGCUCAAAACCUCUAUAUGCUUUAGCAAAAAUACCUCUAAUGGCAUGAAAAGAGGUAUUAAGGAGGCUCUGGGAUUGAGCUCUCUGGAAGGUAACAUCAAAUAUCUGGGGCUACCUCUAUUUAGAUCCAGGCAAAACGAUGCAGAUUUCAACUUUAUCUUGGAUAAUCUCACUUCUAAACUUCAGGGCUGGAAAGCUAAGAUUCUGUCUAAAGCAGGUCGUGCGACCCUUAUAAAGUCUAUGGGCUUGUCGUUGCCUAUGUAUGCUAUGCAAACAACUAAGCUUUCGAACCGUCUUGUAGCUCAGAUUGAUGGGCUGGUUAGGGACUUCUGGUGGGGGUUUGAAAAGGGGAAUCAUGGGCUCCACCUUAAAGCUUGGGACAAGCUUUGCCUCCCUAAGUCUCUUAGGGCUCAUAAGAAAGAUUUCUGCCCUCGUGCUAAUGGUUCCUCCACUUGUGAAGUGGAUAAGGUGGCUGAGCUGUUGAUAGAUAAUGGCGGCUGGAACAUCCAAAAGUUAAAUAGUCUCUUCGACAAGGAGACUAUUUCUGCAAUCCUGAAAGGGGGUAAUCCGUCUGGCCAGGGUGAUGAUAGAUGGAUUUGGACUUUGGAAAAUAAUGGUAAAUUCACGAGCAAGUCUGCCUACCUGGCCCAAGCUGUUGAUAGGGCUCCCACUUGUGACGUUGCUCCUUCACUUUGGAAUAAGCUAUGGAAUUGUAAGAUCACUGAAAGAAUGAAGACCCUCUGGUGGUGUCUCCUGGCCAAUGCAAUCCCUGUGCGAGCUGAGAUCUGUAAAAGGUUUCCUAUUGAGGAUGUUACUUGUCCCCUUUGUGGGACAGAGAAUGAAUCUAUUGAACAUCUUUUUCUCUCCUGUAACGUGGCUUUCCACUUAUGGAGGUCUUUCCCUUGGGGUAUUUACCCAGUUUGUGGUACUGGAAUUCGAUUAUGGGACUGGGUCAAAUUCAUCUGGGACCUUAAAAACAAGGGCAUUAAUGCCGAUGAGGUGUUCCUUUAUGCCUCGCUAACCGUGGACACUAUAUGGCGGACUCGAAAUGAAAAAGUUCACCAUGCUUCUUUGAUCCCUUGUGCACCUCCGCAUCGGUUGGAUGCCUGGUGCCCUCCCCCUCAGGAUUGGUUGAAGCUAAAUUGUGAUGUUAAAGUGGGGUUGGACAGCAUGUGUUCUGUGGUCGUGGCAAGGGAUCAUCUGAGUGGGGUGAUCUGGGUGCAUACUUCUAAGUUGGAUUCGCUGAUGCUUUAUGUGGGGAAGCAGCGGCUUGCUGUCUUGCUCUGGAUGUCGCGAAGCUUAAUGGAGUUAAGUUUAUUAUUGUUGAGAGUGACUCGAGGGAAGUGA